GAAUACCACUAAAACCUGUCAUAUCUACAUAUAGAGACUGUCCAGUGUCGUUUUAUUAUUGAAAUCAGAACUGUGACACAGUGGACAAUGGGAGGUUUAAAAGUUCUAUUUUGUGUUUUGAUUAUCUGCGUGGUCGUCACUGUAGUCGACAGCCGCGGCGGAAGAGGGGGAGGGUCCCGGGGAGGAGGACGUUCUCGUGGAGGGGGACGUUACCGAGGCAGCAGGGGCGGUUCCGGUAGGAUGGUAAAAGGCUCCAGCAUCUACAGCAGGUCGACAUGGAAGGCGGCGUUUGUUGCAGGGGCGGUCCUGGGGAGUAGUCGGUACCUGAGCUCGAGGCGAUAUUACUCAAACCGGAACUCCAUGCCGAUUAUCUGCACCAACUACUAUGACGUGAAGAACAGUACUGGUUACAAGUUCAGGUACUUCGUCUGUCCUCGGGCCGGCGAUCCGGAAGAUUACGAUUACUGCUGUGGAAGCAAGAACCGAGAACACUGCUGCAGAUAUUCACAAAGUGCGGGAGCUAUUGCCGUUAUAGUGUUUGGUUCUGUGAUUGGGGCUAUAGUUCUUUCUAUCAUUAUCUACUGUAUAUGUAAGAAGACAAGAACUCCAGGAAAAAUCACGAAAACAUUUUCAACGAACCAAACACCAGCAUCACAGACAAACCCGGCUGUAAUUUACACCACGUCUUCAGAUCCCCCACCUCCAUACAACACCAACGACUACAGCAACACGGGAUCAAUGCCACAAGAUGGCAAAGCGCCAAUGCCCGCUGGUGACGUCAGUGAAGUACCAAACGGAAAUAGCGAGAUGACAGCCCCCACCGGAUAUGGUUAUGACGCUGGAAGUGGAGUAAUUCCAGUUCAUCCGUAUCCAGUACCACCAUAUCCUGCUCCACCAUAUACAGCCCAUUCAGAUCCUGACCAGCAGUAUCCUGCCCAGCCAUAUGGAGCCCAGCCAGAUCCUGCUCAGCAGUAUCCUGCCCAGCCAGAUCCUGCUCAGCCAUAUUGAGCCCAGCCAGAUCCUGCUCAGCAGUAUCCUGCACCACCGUAUCCUGCUCAGACGGAUGCUGCACCACCCUAUCCUGCAGAUCCUAUUCCCACCAAAGAGGCGUGGAGUUAGAAACGUUCCAGCUGGCAGAUUUUACCACGACACACUAUGACCAUAACAUAUAGUUUAAAUGUGGAUUCUGCCCAAAUUAAAAUUAUUACUUUAUAUUCUGCUCAAAAGGGCAGAUCCAGGAACUAAUUUAUGGGGGAUCAAGGGCAUUUUAAUAUUGUAGAUAGAUUCUGCCCAAAUGAACAUUUUUAGUUUAUAUUCUUCUCAAAAGGGCAGAUCCAGGAACUAAUUUAGGGAGGACCAAGUUCACAUGGACCAAUUCCCUGAAAAGGGCACUUCAAUGAAAAAUUUAAACAAAUUGUUAAAAAGUAACGAUUCAAUUUCUUUAGGGGUGGGACAGGUCCCCCUUAUCUCCUCCCUCGGAUCUGCCCUUGGUUCAAAUAAAGGUGUUAUAAUAACUACAAGUGCCAUAUUUAAUUAUUUUUACUUUAUUUGUAAUAAAUAACAAAACUAUAUAUAUUUUUUUUUUUUUUUUUUUACAUUACUAAUUAAAUG